AUGAUCAAGCCAACAUUUUUCCUUGUUGGAGCUUUCCUGGGUCAGCUCUUUCUCGUUCUCCUUUCCCAGACCAGUGGAUACAUCGUUGACAGCAACGUAAAGGCCAGGGCAUUCCAUCAGAGUCCAACCAAGCAAGCAACUGCACCAAUGGCAUUGAAGUCGGCAUCACCACAAACAUCCAAGUCUGUUGCCCUGAAUCCAUCACAGUACAAUGCAGCACGAAUCAGACGAGGUCAACAGUUCUUUCAGGACAAUAUGGUGGUGAUUGCCAAUUCAUGGGCCCUCAUCAUAGUUGUAGGCUUUGCCGACACCGAAAUGGCUAGUGCCCUUCUUUCUACUAAGGCAACAAACACUGCAGAGAAGGCCCAACAGCGAUACAUGCGGACUUUCCGAGACAUGUUGUACUGGCACACUCAAGACCUAUUUGACCCCAGCUCUCCAGCUGUAAGACAGCUUCGGGCUGUCAAAUCAAUGCACCAUCGUGCUGCUGCUUCCAUUGCUGCCAAAGCUGACACCAAAUCAUCCAAGUGUCCCUUUUCAGCAGCAGCACGUAACCUUGUCAAAUUGACUUGUCCUCACACUGGUGCAAAAGGAUCAAACAAAGCAGAGUUCAUUCAGUCGGUCAUGGCGAGAACUCAAGCUUCGUUCGUCGCCAUGGUUGUCACAAAUCCAAAGAGGCUUGGAAUUCAUGACCAGCGUGGACUGGAAGACUUUGUUUUUCUGUGGUGGGCUCUUGGGAAGGAGCUGGGAAUAGAGGAUAAGUACAAUGUGUGCUCCAGCCUUGCCACUGCCAAGAAGUUUGUUGCUGACGAGUACACAACGAACAUAGCACCAGCAUUGACAGCAUUGGCUCGACAUCCUACUCAAAAUUUUGAAACCUUGGCAAAUGCAUAUUGGGAUGGCAUCGACUUGACCCCAGCAAACAAUUUCAAGGCUUUCACAGGGCAUAGUCCUCGACAAGCUCUUUGGACAGUUGCACACUUUUUCCCCGGAGGAGUUGAAAAGGAGUUUCGACUGGCACCCUUGGAACAUGCAAAGACGAUCAUAGAGAUGGAUUCAGUUCGUAGAUUUGGGCGCAUGCCAGCUUCUGCUAGACGAUUGCUCAACAGGUCUGCCAUUGCACCCUUUUUGAAACAUGUAACGCAUAGAAGGGGAGCAAUAAACACCAAACAAAAAGUUGUUUGA